AUGAGUGGACAGAGCAGUGCAGAUCGCCUUGUGGUUACAGGUUCGGAGCAGGGGCCCCACGAGAAGAAGCUGCUGAACCGGCUGCUGGGCGCCUACAACACGCUGGAGAGGCCCGUCGCCAACGAGUCGGAGCCGCUGGAAGUCAAGUUCGGCCUGACGCUGCAGCAGAUCAUAGACGUGGACGAGAAGAAUCAACUCCUAAUUACAAAUAUUUGGCUUACGUUGGAGUGGGUGGACUACAACCUGCGCUGGAACGAGUCGGAGUACGGCGGCGUCAAGGACCUCAGGAUAACACCCAACAAGAUAUGGCGGCCUGACAUCCUCAUGUACAACAGUGCUGAUGAGGGUUUCGACGGGACCUACCACACCAACGUUGUGGUCAGACAUAACGGUAGCUGCUUGUACGUUCCACCGGGCAUCUUCAAGAGCACAUGCAAGAUAGACAUUACGUGGUUCCCCUUUGAUGACCAACAUUGUGACAUGAAGUUCGGUAGCUGGACCUAUGAUGGCAAUCAGCUCGACCUGGUGCUCAACUCGGAAGAGGGCGGGGACCUCUCCGACUUCAUCACCAACGGCGAGUGGUACCUCAUAGGUAUGCCCGGGAAGAAGAAUACGAUCGUGUACCAGUGCUGCCCGGAGCCGUACGUGGACGUGACGUUCACGAUCCAGAUCCGCCGGCGCACGCUGUACUACUUCUUCAACCUGAUCGUGCCGUGCGUGCUCAUCUCGAGCAUGGCGCUGCUGGGCUUCACGCUGCCGCCCGACUCCGGGGAGAAGCUCACGCUAGGGGUGACCAUCUUGCUCUCGUUGACAGUGUUCCUGAACCUCGUGGCAGAGACCCUCCCCCAAGUCUCCGAUGCCAUCCCUCUGUUAGGAACAUACUUCAACUGUAUCAUGUUCAUGGUGGCUUCUUCGGUGGUGCUAACGGUCGUCGUGCUCAACUAUCAUCAUCGAACAGCAGAUAUUCACGAGAUGCCUCAGUGGAUCAAGAGCGUGUUCCUGCAGUGGCUGCCGUGGAUCCUCGGGAUGAGUCGGCCGGGUAAGAAGAUCACACGCAAGACCAUCCUCAUGAGCAACCGCAUGAAAGAACUGGAGCUGAAGGAGCGGUCUUCCAAGAGCCUGCUGGCCAACGUGCUGGACAUCGACGACGACUUCCGCCACCACGCGGCUGCGGCGGCAGCGGCCACGCUGGCGGCGAAUAGCGCUCCUGCGCCGACGGGCGGCGGUUACUUGCCGAGAGCGGCCACUGCGGCCACACUGGACGACGCGCCCUGCUCGUCUGCCCAGCGCGAGCUACAAGCUAUCCUGCGCGAGCUGCAGUUCAUCACCGGCCGCAUGCGCAAGGCUGACGAGGAAGCCGAGCUCAUCAGCGACUGGAAGUUCGCCGCCAUGGUCGUCGACCGCUUCUGCCUCAUCAUCUUCACGCUCUUCACCAUCAUCGCGACCGUGGCGGUGCUCCUGUCGGCUCCCCACAUCAUCGUCCAGUAGGUUACCGGCGAGCAACGAAUUCACUGUCGACGGGAAUGGUUCGUCGAAGACUUCUGUCCCACCACCCAUCACCGGGGCUGCAAGUUACUUACGACGGGUGCCACAUAUCAUAAUGUUCUAGACGUCGGUGAUAGAAGUGCGUUCAGGUCUUCAGCUGACCAAAGUGCAGUGUAAAGACGUACACCUCGCUAUAAAAGCGGCCUCCGCCGCUGCGUUAAUUCCUGACUUUGGCCGCGUCAUUCCUCAUAACUCACCAACAUCUUUCAACUUCCGUUGUACAAUCAGUGGAAACUGCUGCCAUUUCUGUCUCCAAAAUAAGAACUGUACGCGUGAACGCAGCUGAAUUCGCUAGACCUUAAACUGUUAUCAAGCUAUUGUAAACUACUCUCGUAUGUUCUGAGAUUGUGUUGCACUCACUGGAGGACAAUAGUUACGCAAAGGACGUGUUACAACGCGAUCAGUGUCUCAGGACGAAAUCUGCCUAUCAACGGGUCGUCAGCGAUUGUCUGAUGAAUGUUUAUCCCUUCACUCUUGUCUGCAGCCUGUCGCUGGACGAUGCUGUAAUGAGGAAUUGACUAACUCUUCCACUGUCUUCUCCGUCUGCACCGACGCAAGCCGCGUGCAGACGUAAUAAAGACCUUAUUAGGUCACAAUAUAUUGUUAUUGUUGAUAAUGUUAUUGUUAAAGAACUGCGGCUUAGGUUCGCAGCGUUGAAACUAACGGUGCCGGAAGAACUACAAUAUUACUUUUGCGUAGUCUUCCAGCACAGCUCAAUUAUAUCUUGUUCAACAGAUCCUUUCCGAUUGGUUGAAAGGUGCUCUUUGCAUUGUUCAAUACAUGUUAUCGAAAUCGCGAGAAGGUAUGCAUGAAUUUGUCUCACAAAAAUUGUUUUUAUUUCAUUAGUUUAAAAGAUGCAUAACAAUUUGUAAAUAUCAAGAGAUAUAUUGUAAACUGUAACAAAGUUUUUCCUGUGAUCUGCUCGUCACAAAUUUUUAUAUCUCCGUGAAGCUGACAUUGUCUUGUAUACACGACUAGAAUCAUGGAUAAUAGCUGUAGUUACAGUGUCUGCUAAGAAAGCUGCAGCACACAUAAGAUUUUAUCGAAACGAAUUGUUGAGAAAUAUAAUAUUUAUUAACUGUAUGUCAAACGUAUUUCAUAAGUAAAAGUACACUUUCAUCUAAACUUCACACAGUCUAUCGCCGAAGUGCUUGUCCUUAUAUUUCUCUCGACAUUUGGAAAUAAUAUCUGGAAAAUUUAAUCAUUUAACGUAUAUCGAAACGAAAAGUUAAUUCACAAAUUCCUUGGUUUUACGGAGCUUAAGAUUAAUAUCUAUUCUGUACAAUGAAAAUGAACUAGAACAGUUGCGUCUUAACUUUUCUGCAUUUUAUGUUGCCAACUGGAAGUUAAUUUUAGGAAAGUAGAGCUCAGCAUAAAACAAAAUGGUACUGGAUAUGAUCCUACGAUGAAAUUCAACAAUAAUCAUAACGGCGUCUAUCAGUUUCAGGUGCAUGAAGUAAAAGUUAUGUGGCGGGUUUCAAAAGCAGCCAGAAGCAUACUUCUCUGCUCAAAAUAGCGUACAAACAACUUCAUUGUUAUGUAAUUCAAGAACGUGAAGAACUUUCGUUUCAAUAAUAUAUUCUAAAAGUUGUGGGCAAUUAAACUUUAGUCACCCAUUCACCCACUCGACUUGAUUUCAGUCAAAGUUGCUACGGAAAUCGAAGAGAGAAGUUGAAGCAUGUCACAUACUGGACGAUAAUAAUCAAUCCGCCAAUGUACAGUUCUUUAGUGAACCUUAUCUGAAAAAUGGGGGCAAACUGAUGGCGGAUAUCAAGUCUUCGCCAAUGUGAAGACGGGUCUAGUUGUUCGCUAGCUAGGGAGUGUCUCAUUUCUCUGAACAAGAAGACUGUGUCUUGGCUAUUUAUUUCACUGAACACUUGCACGACAAUCGCUGUAUCCGCGCCGUAACUUUAUUUUGUUUGUUGUUCAUUUUCGCUUACUUUCGGUUUCAAAAUAAUAUAAAUCACAGCAUUUACGACCAAACAGUCUAGCAAUAAAUAAUGGGGUUAUCGAGCUAUUUGAUGAGCUGUCUGGCAAAGUACGAUUAAAAAUGAAGCCAUAUGGUCAAUCAGUUAUGGGUCGUAUCAAGAACUGCAAUAAUAACAAUAUCGUAAUGAUAAUAUCUUGCGAACGUUUAAUUUCCCGUUGCAGUAACAGCCAAAAAUCGCCGUCUUGAAUACUACAUUAUUGCUUAUCACUGUCGAAACAAGUGUGAAUAAGUUCAUUACCAAAACAAUUUUGUUCCGAUAAACAUCUAAUGCAUCUACUUGUCUAUGAAUUUCUUGUAGCUGUGGUUUCGAAGCGCUGUGGAUUGGUGACAAAGGAGUUGGCCACAGUGAAGCAAAAGGUUGAUUCUGGCAGUGGCACACAAACUAUUAUUACUGAAGUAUCAACAGGUUAAAACUCACAUAUACACGAAAUUGGUAUCAAAAUGUUUUCAUCUUCCUUUUCACAAAAUUGCAAUUUACUUGGUAGACUGCUACUGUUUAAUCUACAGCACAAUGUGCAGUAGUGAGGUGACUAACUACGCGAACCAUGCUGAAUUAACAGUUCUAAUACGCCCUCUCAGUGGGGCAGCUCACUGUCAAAGCCCUUCAAUAUUGUAAUUUUAACUGCACCUGUUAUCCGUUAACAUGUUUCCUACCUGCUUCUCUGCAGCAUUAUAAAUUGUUUGUUGUCAUAUAGAGGCUGCCGAGGUCGGGGAAAAUGCUGACAAAGAAAAAAAUUCUUGUAUCCCUGGAUUGCAUCACAAUUUAGUGCUUGUAAAGUGCAUGCUGAAAAGAAAAUAGUGCCGUGGGGGCUUAAUCUACAAAUAAUAAUUAGCUUUUUAUGCUGUUACGAAAGAUUUUGUUAACAGAAGUGGUUUGGCAAAAAACCUGAGGUACUUACACGUUUUUUAAUACCUAGGAGUGUGUUUCAACCGACGGCAGUGGAGAGGAUCUGAAGAAUAACUGCAGGUCACGAAGGGAACAACAGUCGCCGAUCGCUAUUAGCCGCGCUUUGAAGUUCAAUUUAGAGCCGCAACUAUCGUGUUGGCAUUGUACAUCAAAUCAUUCGAAUUUCUUGAACGAUAAAAAAACGAACAUAAAUUAAUAAAAUUUAAAUUAAAUUGAGUUGUUAAACAUGUUUGUAAGCAUCCCGUAUGUUUAUGAAAUUAAACUGUAUGAAUAUAAAGUGUCAUUCCCUAAAAGAUAAUUAUCUCUAUUAUAUAAGUUUGAAGUCUUAAGAGAAACAUUUUUAUAAAACACUGUCAGAAAAGUUCAAACUCAAUUAACUGCUGCGAAAGCAGACUGUUUUAACCGAGCUUCCAAACCCAUGCAACUCACUGAAGGGUUGCAUUGAGUUUGCGAAAUAUGAAAACUAUAAAUGCCGUGACAAGGCAAAAAUAAUGUAUUUUUAAAGAAAUGCCUUUAAUCAACCAAAUAAAUUAUGAUUUAUAAAUUACUGGUUUUUUAGAUAACCGUAUUUUGUACUGCGACGAGGUGUCCUGAAGGUAAUGUGUUCAGAAGACUCACGUAUCAAACGCACAAUAUGUAUGCUGCUAAUUGUUGUAGAGAGUUUGCAAUGUAUACUUUCGUAAGUAGAAGAUAAUACAGAAUUA